GUAUUAUACUUAUUUAUUUUGAUUUAAUUUUUCGUAAUUUAUUAAUGGAAAAUUUACUUGUUCAUCAGAAGGUCUUUGCCGAUGACCACGAUUGGUUUCCUAAAGAUCCUGUCGCCGUACAAGAUCAAUGUGAAAAGGAAAAUCCAUUAUCGGAUGAGACUAAAGACGAUAUGUUACAAGGUGUCGUCCACAAUUAUCCCGAUAUGACAGCGUACAUUACUUGUGUAGCCAAACGCAUGAAAUUCUAUACAAGUGAAAAGGGUUUCGAUGCUGAACGAUUAGUAUAUGUUUUGAAUAAAAUGGAUCGUUUAUAUAAUCGUAAUGCUGUUGAAGAAUGUGUUAAAAAGUAUGAUGAAAUUACGCCGGAAAGCGAAAUGGUUUAUCUCGUCUCGAAGUGUGUUAAGGAGGAAAAUGUGCCGAAUGAGGAAUAG